AGAGAGUGACAGAGACCUCAGCCUCCAACCUCCACCUGACACAAGUACACAGCUCAGGAACAAUGUCUUGUGUCUGCCUUCUCCUCCUGCUGGUCCCGGUGAUAUCAGCUCAGACUUAUCACUGGGGUCCCUGCCCUACUCCAAAGGUGCAGCCCAACUUCAACCUACAGCUGUAUCUGGGUAAGUGGUAUGAGAUUGAGAAGCUGCCUGCUCCCUUUGCAAGAGGAAAAUGCAUCGAGAUAAACUAUUCUAUUAGGAGAGAUGGGACCAUCCAGCUGAUGACCUCUCAGAUCUAUAAAGAUAAGAAGAGGUAUGCAGAAGGGACGGGUGUGGUUCCAGACCCACGAGAACCAGCCAAACUUGGAGUGAGCUUCUCAUAUUUCACUCCUUAUGUGCCAUACUGGGUUCUGACCACCGACUACACCAGCUUGUCCGUCGUGUACUCCUGCACAGACGUGCUCCGCAUAUUCCAUUUCAAGUACAGCUGGAUUCUUGCACGGUCGCCAUAUCUGCCUCCAGAGACUGUGCAUUACGCCGAGCAGCUGCUAAUUGACGAAGGAAUCGACAUUUACAGGAUGACUCACACAGAUCAGAACUGCAAGGAUAAAUAGCAGCGUUCAGUUGAUGAACGGCCUCUUCCUCUCUUAUGAACUCAGCAUACCUCAAUAUAUCUGUAUUACACUACUGAUGUCAUUUGGUGUUUUAGAAGAGCCCUAAAUUUUAAAUAAAAUGAUCACUGAGUUAAAGUGUUACAACUGUAUUAAGGAUUUCAUUAACCUGUUUAAUAAUUUCAAAUAAAAUAGCAUGAUGUACUUUGAUUUUCAUGAUGUU